AUGCUGGCCCGGACCAAGAACCAGUACUCUCUCUUCAUCGUCUCGUCCUUUGCCAGCAAGCUGCUUCACCUCUACACCCACCGCGCCUCUCUGCCCAUUCUGCUUACUCUUCUGUACACGCCGACUUUCCUUCUGCCCGAUGCCCUCCUCAUCACCUUCGGAAGGCUCCUCGUCUAUCGACAAAACUACCGCCGCUUCACUGCGCCCGCAAGGCUGCUGGGGGCCUUCUUGGCCUUUCUCACUGCUACCACAUCUGCCGCGCAGAUCACCUUCUAUCUCGAGACUGGCGGCGAAGUUCAAUGGAUGGCUGCCGGCAGCCUUGCUCUGGACCCGGCCGGCCUGGGUCUGAUCCUCUCGGGAUUGCCCACGUUCUCUAUUACGCUACUUCUUCUCACGGGCCUUGCCUGGCUUUCAUCGCCUUACCUCUAUGACAGUGUAGAUGCUCUCUUUGCGAGGAUCGCAGCUUCCUUCAAGAAAGUGUACAGCAUUUACAAUAAGAAAAAGGACUUACCUAAAUCCGAGGAAGAGAAUUUCCUCAUCGAAGUGGAGAGUCAGCAGCAGCAAGUCCCUUUGACAACACUCAAAGCAGUCUUAACAUGCUGUGCCGUCAUUGCUGCUGUGUGCACUACAGGUGUGCUGCAGACCGUCCGGCCCCAUGGCCCUCCGUAUGCGCACAUGUCGGGAUCUCUUCCUAUCACGCUGGUUGCCUCUAUGCUCUACAACCCGGUCAACUCGGAAUUCUGUUUGCCUUUGCCCAUAGGCCCAGUGUUUUUCCCUGUCAUGGAUCUUCAAAAGCUUGAACCGGACGUCGAAUGGGGCCCCCCGUCAGAGGAAUGUCAUCGUCCGCACCACUCUGGUAGUGUCUUGGCCGGAGGCAUUACCAACCAAUCCCUGUCUACCGAGGCGCAGCCGCAUCCGGGAAGCACCUGGUCCUACAACCCGAAGUGUGACCCCUUGAAGGUGUCCAAUCUCGACGACGAGCUGCUGGAGAGUGUCGAGACCGCCGUCAGGAAGCAAAAACCGAUCAUCAAGAACGUCAUGCUCAUCAGUCUCGAAAGCACGCGCAAGGACUUGUUUCCGAUGAAGAAGGACAGCGAACUGUACAAGAAGAUUCUGGGGACUUACGACGAGAUGUCUUUGAUUACCGCUCGGGAUGAACUGGACGCAAAGCUUGCCGCGCUGACGCCAAAUGCCGAGUUUCUGACUGGGGAGUCGUCCGGGUUUGGAAAUGGGAGCGGUUUGGAUGCUGGUUCAGCGUCCUGGAGAGAUGCGUACAAGGGCAGUGGCGCAGGCGGCAUUAACGUGCAGAACGCCAUCACCGGCAGUGCUUUUACGCUUAAAAGUCUUCUCACCAGCAUUUGCGGUGUUGACCCCCUUCCCGUGGACUUUACCGAGGAGACCAAAUGCUCCAUCUACCAACCGUGCCUACCGCAGGUUUUGGACCUUUUCAAUAAGGCGAUCGAGGAGAAAAACAAGACGGCACCAGGCGAGCCAGAAUACCUCUCAUGGCCGUGGGAAUCGGCAAUGGUGCAGGCCGUCACGGACAAAUUCGACUCGCAGGACAAACUCCACGAACAAAUGGGAUUUGGACAGAUGAUCGUCAAGGACACGCUGGAAAACGCGUCGUCCAAGUUCUAUCCGCCCAAAGAGCCCAUGUCCAACUACUUUGGCUACCCUGAAACGGAGGUCUUGCCGUACAUGCGCAACAUGUUUGUCGAAGCCCGCCAACAGAACCGUCGGUUGUUCCUCUCGCACCUCACCAGCACGACGCAUCAUCCCUUUGCGCCGCCGAAGGGAUGGGAUGGACGGGAAGAGUACCUGAAGCCUAACAAAAUCAAAGGCCACGAUGCGUUUGACAACUACUUGAACACGGUCAAGUACCAGGAUGAGUGGAUCGGCAAGAUCUUCAACAUGCUCGAGGAGGUCGCUGCAAUCAACGAGACUCUGGUAGUGCUCGUUGGCGACCACGGCAUGGCCUUCACCACGCCCGACGGCACCAACUCCAAUUUCGAAAACGGCUACGUCACCAACUUCGACAUCCCGCUUGUAUUCGCGCACCCGCACCUCCCCAGCGUGCAGCUCCCGGCCAAAGUCACGCCCACGUCCAUCCUCCCCACCAUCCUCGACCUGCUGCUGCAAACCGGCUCGAUCGACCAGACCGCCGCGGGCGCAACGGCGCACCACCUCCUGCCAGGCUACCAAGGGCAGUCACUGAUCCGGGAGCUCGGCUUCACGGGCUCCAAGCACGGCUCGUCAUCAGCGUCCAAGAAGCAGCCGUGGCACUUCAGCAUCAUCAACCCGGGCGGCUCCGUCAUGGCCGUCAGCUCGGGCGCGACGCCGUACCGGCUGAUAAUGCCGCUGUGCUCGACGCUGCCGCUGCGCUUCACGGACACGGCGACCGAUCCGCUCGAGCACCGCCCCGUCGAGGCGUGGAACCCGCACGAGCUCGCUGACCGCGUGGCCCGUGUGCAUGGGCGCAAGGGCGCCGAGUGGGCACUGCUGGCGUCGAGGCUGGGCCGCUGGUGGUACUGGGAGCAGAGGGAGCGGUGGGGCUACCACCGCGCGGCUAGGAGCACGGAUCGCAGCGCCGAGGAUAGCAAUAACAGUGGUAAGUUGAGGAAGGACCACUGGUGGGAGACGUAGGCAAGAGGAGGACGUUUGCGAAAUGAUUGUCAUGAUACUUUUUGGCGUUGCGGGGUUGCAUUUGUCGGCUUAGCUUGGCUCGAUUUGCUUGGAAUGGGUUCUUGCAGCUUGCGGCUUUUGGUUUUGAAGCGGAAGCCUCGUUGGGCGUUGGGAGAUUCUCUCGGUAUAAGAGCAAGGGCG